UCCGUGUUGGUUGCUUGCACGCACACUGGUAGGAGAAACUUCGACGAGUGGGGGGUCGAGCGGAGCAUCGAGUAGUUGUGUUUUGCCGCUGCUUUCGUGUCUUCAGAGGAGUGCCUUUCUGUCGCACGUAAGGAAAGCGUGCUCAGGAGGAGGGAGGUGGAAGCUGAAGGAGCGGACAAUAGCGCGCUCAGGGGGAGGUGGAAGGUGAAGUAGUGGACGAUGGCGCACUCUGCGUUUCUGCUGGCCUUGCUUCUGGUCGUUUUUGCGGUUCAGGCAAGUGCACAGGCUCCGCCGGAGGUGACCAUCAGCUAUGUCAACUACGCAGGCUCGGGCUGCGAUUAUCAGAACACCAACUACGUGCUGUCCAACGACUACAAGACGGUCACCUUCAUGUUCGGCGGGAUGGUUGCGACCACGGACGGGUCGCUCGCCGACAAGAGGAAGCAUUGCCAGAUGUCUUUCAAUAUGAUCUACCCGGAUGGCUGGAGCGUCUCCAUCGGUCAGGCCACAGGCCGCGGCUUCGCUGACAUCGCCAAGGACUCCGCCGGCAUCUACGAGUCACACUACUACUUCUCGGGACAAACGGGUACGGCGACGAUCGAGCGCAAAAUCGGAGGCCCGCAGGUUGGCAGCUUCGAGUUCACGGACGACUUCCUGACGUUUGUGUGGAGCGAGUGCAACAACGCACCCAACUUGAACAUCAAGACGGUGGUGAGAGUGGAGGGCGCGAAGGCUGUGAUGGCGCUCGACUCCCAGGAUACCAAGUUCCAGCUCAUCUUCAACCUCCAAUGGAGGCAGUGUCCGCAGAACUGAGAACCCCACCCACCAUUUCGCAGGUUGAGGAUAGCGGGUGAGGAGGGUCGGAGAUGUGGGCACUGGGCAGGUGUGCCGUCUUGGAUAUCUUUAGCGGAAUCAGAGGUGGAGGCUAUGGGGUAUGCGCAAUGCAGUUUUUCAGCAGAUGUAGUCUGGCCUGUCAGUAGCUCGUUUUGGUAUUCCGCAGGACGGCGUGUCCACCUGUGUGGGAGCCUGUGUGAGGGCCAUUCGUCCUCGACAGACCUGUUAAUAAUAGCUGUUUAAUCUACGUGGCAAAUGUGCAGAUCCGGGGCAGAUUACGC